AUGGAUUCUGGUGAAUCACAGACAGGUACUCAAGGAUCACCAACAGCCCCUACGCACCAUCAAUUUGCGGUCACGCCCGACGGAACUAAAUAUUGGAUACCGGAAUGUGAUGAAUCGGACAAACCUUACAACGGGCAGAGGUUUCGGGAAUUACACGAAGCUAUCGAUUUCUACAAAAGAUACGCUCUCAUUGUUGGUUUCGAUGUGAGGCACAGCACCUUGAUAAAAUCACGUGACAAAACAAUUCUCUGGAAAUACAUGGUGUGCUCGAGGGAAGGAUAUAAGCACCAUACAGCAAUCAAUACAACAGUAUGCGAUGGCGGGCCGGAUGGUCACACGGAAUUUGUAAUCAGAGACGUAGAUGGUAACACUUUCAGUGUUGUUCACGAGAUCAUUUUGAAUACAACGACAUGUUCGUGCAAACACUUUGAAUUGUACGGGUGGUUGUGUCGCCACGUGUUUGUUGUACUCAAAGAUUUGAACAUGCAAUCUAUACCUUCUGCGCAUAUCCUGUCACGGUGGACGAAAAUGGCUACUCUUAAUCCCAUUUUCCAGGUUCUUGAUGUCGCGUCUGCCCAAUGCGCCAAAAUUGACGAUAGAAAGUUCCUGCUUAGCAAGUUGUGGUCGGAUAUACAUACAUGUAUGGGAUUGACUAAGCCUUGUGUUAACCGCCUUAUCGAAUUUUCAAAGGUCAUCGAAGCACACAAGGUUAAACUACUGUCUGAUCAAGGCGAGUACGCAGCAGUCAGUAAUAAAGAGCAGCAGUUUGAGUCUUUUGUUGGCAUGGCUGCGCCUCAAGAGGUGACCAUUCACCCUCCGACACACUCGAAAAACAAGGGCAGCGGAAAACGACUAAAGAGUGAAAAAGAAAAUGCAAUUGAACAGUCGCAAAAGAAGCGGAGGGUUUGCAAGUCCUGUGGCGAAAGAGCCGGUCACAAUGCACGUACGUGCCCCAAAAAACUGUAG